UUCAUGGCCUUUUAUUAGGAACGGUUCAUUAUUUCAUUGCAGACGUAAUUUGAUAGACGAGCUCGAAUUAACAGUGGCCACAAAUUCACAUUUACUAAUAAUGUAAACGCAAAAGCCGGCACCUGCGAGUGUGGGAGGCGGAACCCUUCCGGUGGGGAUUUGUUGUGAGGAGGGACCGGAAAAGGAGGAGGAUUCUUGUCGCGAUGUGGAGAGGUGGAAGGCUGAGCUCUCGUGGGGUUCUCCUAGAAAGGCUUGGGUUUGGGUGCCCCGGCGCGGUAGCCCAGCCUCCUCGAGUCGCUUCUCGGUCGGCUUACUCACAGGAGCAGCCCCCUAGGAAUGUGCAGGUUGAGCCGUGGGAACUCAGAGAACGCAGGACCAUGUGCUUCAGAUCCCACAGGAUGGCUUUUUCCUGUUUCACCAGAGUGAAAACUUUCAAGUCCCCUUGGAAGAGAUUAUACAGUACUUCACAAACAACAAUUGACAGCAAGGAGGUCAAAAAAUUCCAGGCCCUGGCUCACAUGUGGUGGGAUGAGUAUGGAAAGUUUGCACCUCUUCAUUCUAUGAAUGACCUACGGGUGCCAUUCAUUAGAGACAAUCUUUUGAAGACAAGUGCUAAUCACCGUCCUGGAAAGCCUUUAUCUGGGAUGAAGAUUCUUGACGUUGGCUGUGGCGGCGGGUUAUUAACUGAAGUAAGGGCCUUACAGAGCCUUUUCCAUCUUCCUGCACAUGAGAAUUUUUUGAUGUGCCUAAUAGUGCUACCUCUAGGACGACUGGGAGCUUCAGUUGUUGGAAUCGAUCCCGUGGCAGAAAACAUUAAGAUAGCACAGCACCAUAAGUCAUUUGAUCCAGUCCUGGAUGUGAGGAUCCAGUACAAAGUGUGCUCCCUGGAGGAGACUGCGAAGGACAACGCAGAAGUUUUUGAUGCUGUUGUGGCUUCUGAAGUUUUAGAGCAUGUGAACAACCUUGAAAUGUUCAUACAGUGCUGCUAUCAAGUAUUGAAGCCUGGUGGCUCAUUAUUCAUUACUACAAUUAACAAAACACAACUGUCCUAUGCCUUGGGAAUUGUUUUCUCAGAGCAAAUUGCAGGCAUUGUUCCAAAAGGCACUCACACGUGGGAGAAGUUUGUGUCACCUGAAAAGCUAGAGAGUAUCUUGGAACCAAAUGGUCUGUUAGUCGAAAAGGUGGCAGGAUUGGUCUAUAAUCCUUUCUCAGGUUACUGGCAUUGGAGUGAAAGUACCAGCCUUAACUAUGCAGCCCAUGCUGUGAAAUCCAGGGCUCAGGAACACCAGGAGCCUGCUGAGUCUGCUUUAAAGGGGGAGACUGAAGCACUCCAUGCUAAUGGCUCGGCUAGCCCAAGUGUACGUGAGGAGCAGAAAACAUGAGACCCCUCCGAGGACUGUAGUAGAUAUGCUUGAAAUUGUGUUGUUUACAGAGUCAAAACUCUUACUCCUUUUGGGGAGAGAUUUUGAAGAACAAAAGGUCAAUAAAAAUAUCUAAAUCAAUGGA